AUGUAUUUACGGUAUUAUUUGGACAAAGACGGUAAUCGAGUUUAUACUCUAAAGAGUACGCAUUUGGAAGGCGAGAAGAUUUACAGUGCCCAUCCUGCUCGUUUUUCUCCAGAGGACAAAAAUUCAAAAUAUCGAAUCAUUGUUAAAAAGCGUUUUGGUAUUCUACCUACGAUGUUACCGAAACCGUGCAAACAUAUAGACUUUAUAAUGUUAGUUUGGGAGUGGAGACGGAAAUGGCGACAAUAUAUUCGUAAUAGGCAACCACCUCCACGUUCGACGUAUCAAAAAUUAUCCAAAAAAUACCAGAAAGUAUCAUUUAUUCUUUUCGUAAUAGGAUGGCAUCUUAGUGGUUUUGUGUUAUGGAAGAAACUCACAGAAACAGUUAAAAAAAAAAGACAUGAUAAUGUUUCCUUGCGUGAUUUGCCAAGGAAAGGAUUCUUUGAACUUGCCGAGGAAAAAGUUUUCGAUGACAGUGAUUUUGAAAAUGAUGACAAUUGA